CCAUUUAUAUUCACCACAAACCAGCUUAAUUAGUAUUUUUCUUCUUCUUGAGAUGGCGUCAAAGGUUCUAUCAUAUAGUGCCACUCUUCUUUUGGUCUUGAACCUUCUCUUCUUCUCUUUGGUCACUUCUACCGCUCCUUGUCCUCCACCACCAAAACCCAAAUCACCAAAAUGCCCUUGCGGCACAACACCCACCCCGAAGCCUCCGGCAACCCCUACUCCAAAAUCUGCGAAAUGCGAUGGUCUAAAAUUGGGUGUUUGCGCCAAAGUUUUGGGAGGUUUGGUGGGUACUGUCGUGGGAACUCCGGACAAAAAGCCAUGCUGUAGUCUCCUCCAAGGUGUAGCUGAUCUUGAUGCUGCUCUUUGUCUUUGCACCGCCAUUAAAGCUAAUGUCUUGGGCCUUAACCUCAAUGUACCCGUUGAUUUGAGCUUGCUGCUUAACUAUUGUGGCAAGAAGGCUCCCGCCGGUUUCAAAUGCGCCUGAGUUCACAUUCUCCGUUUAUCCUUGAUUUCUCGAGGGAUCUUCAAGUACUACUAUUAUCACAGUGUCUUAUGAUUAAGUAAGUGUCAUAAGAUUUAGCGUGCGUGUUUUCUCUUCCGUUUGGUAAUUCAGUUCAUAUGUAUACGAACAAUUUCAAAUUCAGUGCUUAAAAUAUUUAUCUU